GCAGUAGAUUCAUUAAAUGAAAUCUGGCCACACAGAUUGUCACUUACUUGAUAUACACGUUGUUUUUGUUGAGUUUCAUAAAUUUCGAAAGCCUGAAAGCAUUUUAACCAGCUUAUUAACUUCGAAAGCCAAAGCAAGAAAAAUUUAAAACUAAAUAUCUCUUGAUAAUUUAGAAUUAUGGCAGAUACAAGUACCAAGGAAUCCUCUGUCACGAAAGUUCCUAUGAUAUAUGUUUGUGGCGAAUGCCACAGAGAAAAUGAAAUUAAACCACGAGAUCCCAUAAGAUGCAGAGAAUGUGGUUACCGAAUUAUGUACAAAAAAAGAACCAAAAGAUUGGUGGUGUUUGAUGCGCGAUGAUAUGGUAAAAAAUAAAAUUAGCGUCAUUUUUAUUACAUUUACUUUAAUCUUACCAUUAUAAAAUAUCCAUCCAUAUAAUGUAUAGUAAACAAUAAAUGGGCAAAUAUUUGA